UACCAAGAAAAGAAUGUGCGUGUUGACGAUUAAGCAAUUGCUGACAAAUGUUUACCCUUUGUUGAAGGUGAAUUUGGCUUAGUUCAUGAGGGAUCCAACGACCUGCCCUAGCCUUGAAUCCUUGCUUUUUUAAAUGGCGGCGUAUUGUUUCUCGUGGAGUGCCAAUAUCGUUCGUUCUUUUGCGCGUACUAAGAUCAGGUUGGUUUUCCACGGAUUGCAGAAUAGCACCAAUGUUUGUGGUUUGGGGUCUUCCAGGUGAUUUUUUGUCUUCGAGGUCUGUAACGCCAUUACGAAAUUUUUUAUACCAACGUUUGAUAGUUGAAAAUGAAGCCCAUUUUGUUCCCUUUAAGUCGGCAAUCUCACUAGCCGCCUGCUUAGUAGUUAAUCCGCGUUCAAAGCAAUAAAGAAUUAUG